GUCGCCAUUUUGUUUCGUCUGUGGUGUGCCAAUGCGGAUAAGAAAAUUUCCUAUUGGUCGACAAUGUUUGAGAUAACAUGGCGGCGAUCGGCGCGCGAUUUGUUUCUGAACGCGGUCAGUAGGUUACGCAACCUCGCGACGUGUGGUUCGUCGCCGUCGUCGUCGUACAGUGGUUGUGUUUCAGGUCGAUUUGGCCGUGACGGAGGUGCGGCAGUUGAUCGUCGAUGUGGCGACGAGUGGCGAGCGUGCAAAAUGGCGCCCACGCGUGUAAUUUUGAUGUCGUGCGGCAGUUAUAAUCCGCCGACAAAUAUGCACCUGCGGAUGUUCGAAAUUGCUCGAGAUCAUCUACAUCGAAUGGGAACGCAUGUUGUUGUUGGUGGUGUAAUCUCUCCAGUGCACGAUGUUUAUGCCAAGAACGAACUGGUCAGUUCUACUCAUAGAUGCGCGAUGCUGCGAUUUGCAUUGCAGAAUAGUGAUUGGAUUCGCCUGAGCACAUGGGAGACCAGGCAAAAUUGUUGGACCAAGACUCGCAUAUGUUUGCAGCAUCAUCAAAAUCUACUCAAUUCCAUGUUAUCUAAUUCCAAAGAUAUCAAACAUCAUCUGCAGAUAGAGGAUACAGAAUGGAUUCCAGAGAAUGUGAAAAAUAGCUCAGACAAUACACCAAUACAAAUUAAAUUGUUGUGUGGUGGAGAUCUUUUGGAGAGCUUUGGCAUUUCUGGACUUUGGCUUGAAGAAGAUAUUGAUACAAUUGUUGGCGAACAUGGUCUUGUGGUUAUCACUAGAGAAGGUUCCAAUCCUAAUAAGUUUAUUUAUGAUUCGGACAUUCUCUCUAAGCAUAUGCACAAUAUUUGUAUCGUGACCGAAUGGAUUCCGAAUGAAGUUAGCUCGACGAAAAUCAGGCGAGCCCUAAAGCGCGGCGAGAGUGUUAGGUACCUACUGCAAGAUUCUGUCAUCGAUUACAUCUACAAGCAUGAGAUCUAUGAUGCAAAAAUGCCAGACACGACAAUUAAGUUGGAACUGCCGUCGCCGAAUGCGAACAAUUACCUGCACAUAGAUCCCCGAUACCUAAGCGCAUUCCUAACGCCGUCGCCCAGCGAUGUAACCAUGGACUCGCCGAGCCCGGUCGAGAUCGCCGCGUCUAUCGAUGUGCCGGACGCGGUGGUGCUACGCAAAAACCUGCAGAAUGCUGCGGGCGGUGGUGGCGGGCUCGACGAGACUCGCGAGCAAUUUGUUAGCGCGAUCAGCAUCAACGCCGUUGACAAUGGCAACGUCAAGCAUGUAUCUAGAGCCGCGUAUCCCGGUCAGGCGAAACAGAUCAUCGCCAGCGCAACCGGCAUCGCGCGAAUCGUGAAUGAGGUAGGUGCGCUUGACGAAUCGACGGCGAGGCCCCCCCAACCCGGUCCUUCGUUGGAAGAGGGCCGUAAACCGACGUUAAAUAAUACCGCAUUGAUACCGGAUAAAUUUGACACUGGACAGAGAGAGGUCUUGGAUUUCAGAUCAAAGGCGGAAAUCGCCGAUGUGGACUUAGGUUCGAACGAAGAUCACGAGAUAAUAGUAAAUAUUCAACCCGUUUCUUCUUCCGGCGACUCGAACGUAGAUCGUAAAUCUCUCGCGGUAAAUGACAACGGUAAAGAACCGUCGGACAGAUCUAAGGUAGAAGUUGUUGAUGUAGAUUUAGGUUCGGGUGAGAUAGUCGUCAAGGUUCAAUCUCAGCUCGGUGCCGAACGUGCGCCGAAAGAGGAUCUUAGGUCGAUAAUAGAAAGUGCGGUAAACGAUAAAGCUCAAGGUGAACAAAGAGAGGCUUUGGAUUUGAAAUAUAAGAAGGAAGUUACACACUCAGAUUUGAAUGACGAUCGCGAAUUAAUAAUGAAGAUUGAGUCUAGCGAAUCGAGUUCUAGCGAGCUUCGAUUGGGAGAAUGUUGCUGGCCGAAAAGAGAAGGCACUGCGGACGAUAAAGUUAUAGGUCGCGAUAGAAAAGUCACUUCUGAAAAGAAAAUAACUAAUGUAGAGUUAGGAUUAGAUGAUAAGAGUGUCCUGAAAGAAAAACAUAAGUCUAUGAUAGAAGCGAUCAAUGACGAGGUAGGUUCGGUUCGAUCUAAUUUUAGCAAGAGUGUCGUAGAAGGAAAAGUUGACCUUAGCGGCAAAGAAAUAGCUGACGUAGAACUAAAAUUCGCCGAUUCUAAUGUUGUUAAGGUUCAACCUGUUCAUUCCAGCCAUGGUAUACUUACAUUAAAGGAUGAUCGUAGAUUAAUGAUAGAAAAGCUUACGAACGAACUUAAAAUUAAGCUUGACGAGGAAAAGAAUAAGUCUAAAGAAAAUUCACAGCUAAGUAAGGUAGGUAAAGAUGAUGGAGAACUAACUGAACAUAGUGCAAAGGGGAGUACGAAGAGUGACGUCGAUGUCGAUGACGUAGGAAGUGGAUCCAGGACGGAAACAAUCGAUUUCGAAUCAGAUAGAGAUAAAUAUCUAGAAGCCAAGGCGAUUACUUCGUCACUGAAUGUCUCGAUGACAUCACUGGACGGUCGUCACGAAUGUGCUCUCUCAGAUUUCAGCGUAGAUAAGGAAGACUAUCGCCUUAGCCAAUAUGCUUCCGAAGACGAAGAAGGAGAGGAUAAAUCUAUAUAUACUGCCAGAUUGAAUUUGACGAAAUAUGACGAUUACAUAGAAGAUGUGAACAUAGGUGUUUCUGAAAAUGAUGACAAGAAGAGCGACGAUUGUGCAAAGUCUUCCGAAGAAAUUGAUGAAUCAAAGUAUGUCAAGGAAGAAUCACUGUACGGUAAAAACUCAACGGUAAAAAUAGAGAGUAAGUUUCAUGUCGCAGGUGAAGAACAGGUGAAGACAGAGGAAAUAUUGAAGAUAUCACAAGAAACUGACAAGGUGAGCAAAACGGAAAAGGAAUCAGAUUCGGACACGCAAUUCUCGGAAAAACGGAUUACAUCUUGCGAUCCUAGUCCGGAGAUAGACGGCAAGUAUCUAAAGUCGAUCGUAAAUUCGCGCAAAAGUCCAAGGAAGAUUAGGGAAGGUCAAGCUCAUGAUGCGAUCAAGGAGCAACAACGACUCACCGACGAUCAAUCUGAAAUGAUCCAAAGUUCUUCCACGAAGGUGAAGAGUUCCGAAACAGAAGGAAAAUCAGAAGUUAAGGAAAACCAGAUUUACGAAGUAAAUGCUGAUAUCGAUGAGAAAAAACAAACUAUUAAGGAUCAAGAGAUACACCGUGCACAAAAAGUCUUUCGAGAUUCUUCAAGAUCAUCUUUUAUGAAGACGAAGAGUCCCAAGAAAAUUGGGGAGUUUCAAACCAGCGAAAGCGAGCGCGAAAUCAAGGAUCGUGAUAAAUUUAUUAAUGAUCGAGAAUCUGGGAAAGCUUCCCAAAGAUCUGCAAAAGUAUCUACAAGUGCAAAAAGUCCCAAAAAGGGCAAGAAAAGUCAAGUAUUUUAUAGAAGUGAGGAGAUGAAAGAUUACGAUCGGUCUAUCAACGAUCGUGUUAUUUCUCAAUUGGAGGAGGUGUUCCAAGAUUCUGUAAAAAAGUCUUCAACGAAAGUGGCAAGUUCGAAGGAUUCCGAAAUCCGGUCUACCGAAUCGAAGAAGCGAGAUCGAUCUGCCGAUAAUCGAGAAACGUCGCUGUCUGAGGGACCCUCCCAGCAUCCCUCGAGAACGUCUUCCAUGAAAAGUCCGAAGGCUCAAACUCAGAAGGCUGUGAAAGUGAACGACAACAAAGGAGAACAAGUCCAGGAAACGAUAAAUAUCGCACAAACUGCUGAUAAUAGGACAAAAUGUGACUUCAACGAGAUCAAAGAUGUAUAUACGAGGAAGGUGCGACGUUACAACGUGCCUCUUCAGGGCAGUCUGGACUCGAUGAUCGUGUCCGACGAGACAUCCGUACAGAAGCCAAAGAAGGAGGACGCGUUCUCGAAGAAAUCGAAGAGCUACGAAUCGAUCAAACGUAUCCAGGAGAUGUUUCUAGGCGUGCCGCCGACGAAGGCAAACAGCAGUGGUUCGCAACUCGAUAUUCCGGAUGACUUUUGUUCCAUUUGCUGUUAUAUGAAUGAGAUAACCUUCCGAACGGAGGAGGAGGUGAGCAGCCCGAAUCAGGAGACAUUCUACACGCUCAGGUCGACCUGCAGCUCGCUGGCCGACGACGACGACGACGAUGACUCCAUCGAGUGCGAUAUCUGCAGUUCGCUCAAUCUCCAAGAAUCCGCCGACGAUCUCGAAGGCAAGAUUCAGGAAAUUCCUUGCGAACUUUGCAGAAUCUGCGGCGAAGUGGACGGCAGUUUUGAUCAGGAUUCCGUGAUACCAGCGGACAGGUAUGGUUUUAAGAUAGAACCGCAUCAAGAUGAUGACGAUAGCUUCGAGAUUGAGAAUUGCGGCUUCCAGAGUGGUACGGAAUCGGCCGACGAUCGAAGUAGGAUCUCUGAGAAGGAAAGAGUCAAGGAUCUCGGAAGGCCGAAGUCGCAGACGCUCUUCAUCCAUGGCUCCUCGAUGAACAAGGAUCAGCCGCGAGAAUUGUAUUUCAUACCCAAAGACGAGAUCGCGAUUUUAACGAGCGGAGCGAGAAAGGUUAAUCGCAAAGGCUCUUUGUUCAGAAAGAAAGAGGAUUCUAACGGAAGUGCACGCGAUAAAAGACGAUAUUCCUCGGUGGACAGUCUUCAGCUAGCAAAAAUGUCCUCGAAAGCGAAUGAAAAAGUGCUCAAGGUCGCGGAAAAUCAAACGUUGAUUAGAUCUGCCGAUAAUCUGCAAAUAUCGAGAGAUUCGAGAAGAUCGAAAUCCCUGCAGAGAUCGGCCAACGAUAUGGACCGUUUGAAUAAAUCCACUGAUAAUCUAAACUCGAAAACGGAAAAUCUGGGAAAGGAAAAUGAAUCUGAAGAAUCAGCUCUGAAAUCGAACACGCGAGACAAAGAGGAAGUGAAGAUGAUUCUCACACAGCAUGGCAUUAAGAUUAUCAGCGAGAAGGAGACUGCCUUAUAAUCAGAAUUGGCUAAGCAUUCGUAAUUGAUUUGAUUAAAGAAGAAGCAAAUAGUAUUUUGCGCAGUUGGGACAUUUCGAAUUUACAUGAGAAAAAAUCUGAUAUAUAUAUAUAUGAGUCACAGAUGUAUCUCGCGCCAAAUAAUA